GCUGCUAAUGAUUAAGAAAGGAGAAUGAGAAUGAUAAUAAUCAUAUCAUAGAGUGAUAUCCCAGGACCAGGGUUAAGAACCCCACGUGCAAAUGCAAUGACUAACUCUAACCAUGGUUCACUCAACCCAAGUCCUCCAAACCCAGCUAGCGCAGCGACACUGACAUGUAGACCGUAUGCAUAAAACCUCCCCGACACAGAAAAAGGCAUAAACACAGCGUCUCCGCAGAAUAUAUCCACGCCUUCCAUUUACAACACCAACAAAAAACAAAAGCGACCAAAACCUACUCACCACCACCACUGUAACAGUAAGUAGUUACUAUUCUCUCUCUCUUCUCUCUAGUGUGUGUGAGCCUGGUCUGCCAUAUAUAGGGAAAAAAUACCUAAUGUUUAGUGUUACCUCAUAAAUGCGUUUCAACUUUCUUUUGACGAUUCUCUGCCACCUUGGUCGCUUCACACCCAAACCCUACAACCACGCAGUAAAUCACAGUAAAUUCCUCUUCCUCUUUUCCUUUUUACUGUUCCCUCUCCUCACUCGUCUUUCCCUUAAAACGCAAACGACACGGUUACCGGUGAAGAACACAACAGAAAUGCAUGGAGCAAUGCAAUGCAAUGCAAUGAAUGAUUGUCGUUUUCAUUUUCGCUUUGAUCGCGAACAAACCGUGUGUGUGAUGAUGUAGGUUUAGAUACUCUAGCUAGCUAGCUGGCUUUUGAUUGAAUAAUAGGAAUAAGAAUGAAAUGAAAUGAAUGCUUGGUUUAAUCGUUUUUCUCUUUUUAGGUCUCACACUCUCACCUUAGCCCCGUGACACUGACUUCAUUUUCCCUUUCUUCUUUCGUCUUUUUCUCGAAUCGACGGCUAUUCGUGCCUCGUUGACUCCUUUCUUCACAUGAUGUGAUGUCUUUAUAUGAAUGUGACCCUUCCUUUUUCUUCUUCUUCUUCUUCUUCUUCUUCUGCAGAUCUGUGAAAACUAAAAAGACUCCUCUCUUUUUUCUCUCCUUCACCUCUUCCAUGCCGUGACUGCUUAGAUACUUCCAACCUCCAACUUCCCAACGACGAGCCGUCUUGUUAGUUUCAUGGAACCGCGUUCGGUUCGGCGAAUCGUCGUCUUCGUAACCGUAACCGUCUUCUCCCUCGCACUCCUUGCCGUUUUGACAGGUUUUGGUGGUGGUGGGACUCUUACCGUAGCCAUGGCGGUGUCCGUGACGCGUGGUUCGGAGAAAGGAACCAUCGCUAGUUCGCAUCGCAAACUUCUUACUAGUGACAAUGGAAAUGAAAGAGUUGAACCGAACCGAAUAUGGGGUGAGAAAUGCAGCAAGUCUGAUAUAGUGAUCAACCAAGGCCCCACAGCACCUCUUCCAAGUGGCAUUCCAACCUACACAGUAGAGAUAAUGAAUAUGUGUGUCAGUGGUUGCGACAUCUCUAAAAUACACCUCAGAUGCGGCUGGUUCAGCUCUGCACGCCUCAUCAACCCCAAGCUCUUCAAGCGCCUCCGUUACAACGACUGUCUUGUCAAUGAUGGCAGGCCCUUGAUCAACGGUGCCACCAUUUCCUUCCAAUAUGCCAACACCUUCCUCUACCCUCUCUCAGUUUCCUCUGUUGUCUGUGUCUGAAUUCUGAAAAAUCAUGAUGACACCCUUAAUUCUUUUGACUUGUAUAUACACAUAUUACUAUAAUAUAGGUGUAUAUGAUAUGAGGGCAUCUAUCACUUGUGCACGUGAUGGGUCUACAUUUGAAAUUUGAUCAGCAGGGGAAUGGGAAUCUGUUUAAAUUUUUUGAUAGAAAGGAAAUUGGCAGGAGUGAGGACAUGGCUACAAACAAACAAAACCCAAUUUGCCUUUGCUGUUUUUUUGCUUAUGUUUGUGGUUUUUGGGCAUGAUGAUGAGAUGAUGAUAUGAAGACUACUACUACUACUUUAAAGUCAUUUUCCAAUUUCCCGUUUGUGUGAAUUCAUUAAUUGAACUGCACAAGAAUCAGCAGGUCUUACCUUACCACUGGCUAUAUAUAUAAAGUCAUUGCAUAUAUAUUGCAUUGAAGCAUAGAGGAUCUUUAAACGUUAUUUUUCGUAGUACUGGUCCCCCACCCUUUGUUCGUUGAAGAAUUGGAUUAUCAGGGAGGGGAUUUAUGAAGCAUGUAUAAGGUGUGAUUGCGACCUCA